AUGGAAGAAAAAUUAAAGAAUUGCAUUGAGUACAUCACCGAGUACAUGAAUUUAGCUACUCAUGAAUGGAAAGACGUGAAAGAGAAUGGGCAAAGCUCUUCUGAUGCUGGCUUCACUCACUACAAGAUAGCUCAUAAAUUGGGAUACAAAUCUCUCAUUGAGGUUUAUCCUGAAUGGUUUGAAAAUAAUGAGGACUCGUCUGCUUUUGAGACGGCCUAUGGAAAGACAUUUUGGGACUAUGGCAGUCAGGAGCCGAAGAUGAAUCUCCUGUUCAAUAAAGCAAUGGCUAGUGACACUCAGUUGGUGAGUAACGUAGUUACCAGAGAUUGCAAACAAGUCUUCGAAAAGUUGAAGUCAAUUGUGGACGUUGGUGGUGGCACGGGAUCGUUGGCCAAAGCUAUUGUCGACUCUUUUCCGGACUUACAAUGUGUCGUGUUUGAUCUACCACAUGUUAUUGCGGGCUUAGAAGGGACAAAGAAUUUGACCUACGUUGGAGGAAACAUGUUUGAAACUAUUCCUCGUGCAGAUGCACUUUUGCUCAAGUGUAUAUUGCACGAUUGGAGCGAUGAAGAUUGUGUGAAAAUAUUGAAGAAAUGCAGAGAAGCAAUCCCAUGCAAGGAGAAUGGAGGAAAAGUGAUCAUUAUUGACAUAAUCGUUGGAAACAAGAAAGAAGACCACAAAGGAAUUGAAACUCAGCUGUUCUACGAUAUGAGCAUGAUGGUUUGGGCUAAUGGAAGAGAAAGAACUGAGAAAGAGUGGGCAAAACUGUUCUUCGAUGCUGGCUUUACUAGAUACAACAUCGUAUAUGGGUUAGGAUUGAGGUCUAUUAUUGAGGUUUACCCUUAAUUAUUGGGAUUUUAUUUUAAAAUAUCAAUCUUACUAAGAGGAUUAAUUCAAAUCCUUAUAUAUUGAUUUAUAUUUUCAUCUUUAUUUGAUAUGAAAUUUUAUCCCUUAA